AUGGACCCCAAUACUGGUUAUCCCGCAGGCUAUCCCGUCCCGACUCAGAGCCCCCAAAACCAACAGAUGCCUUUUUACCCUAACGCUGUUCCCCCAUACCCCCAAUCAAAGACACCGUCGGCUCAACAUUUUGGUGCUAUGCCCAUGCAGCCUGGUCCUGGUGGAGCUAUGAUGCCUUCAGGUUUCCAACAAUCUUCCGCAGCACCUAUGGAUAAUUUCUCAGCACCCUACACCCAGACCCCCAUCCCUACCCCCAUGGGCCAGUUUGUCCCCCCUCAAGGCACAUCCAGCGCAAACAUGCCAUCUCAAGUAGCGCAAACCUUCUCUCAAAACAUGGCUUCCAUAUCAGCGAACAACCUGCUUGGCACACAGCCCAAACCCCCUUCACAAAUGAACUCGCCCCAAACUGGGGCCUCUCCUGCGGCUCCAAACCAGGCCCAGGCCCAAGCCCAAGCUCAAGCUCAGGCUCAAUUUGCGGCGCGUGAGAAGGCCCGCGUCACGGCCCUCCUCGACAUCAACUCAGCCUUGUUGCAAGAGGUGGUGAACCUUCAAGCAGCUGGCAAGGCUGGCCCCGCCUCCAACCCAGAUACAAAUUCACCGGCGUCAGAGCAACCGGAUGCAUCCAAAGCCAACCAGAAGCCGAGCCCCGAAUACAUUGAGUGCAUGCGACGCCUACAAGCCAACCUAGCCUACCUCGCGACUAUCGCCGAUCGAGCGAAGAAAACGGGUGGUGUCGUACCCCAAACACCAGCGAUCAUGACACCGCCUCCCAAUCUUCCCGCUGUGAAUGAGCUAUAUGCCAGACUCAAUGAGCUCUUCUCGCGGUCUGCAAAGGCCUCUACUCCCCAAAGACCGAGCCCUCCGUCCAUGCAAGGAAAUGGUGGACCUAGCCCUGGUGCUAUGACCGAGUCGAUUAUCUGA